GUAAUCACUCUCACCCGCGUCCACAGCCAUUAACCUCUCUUUCCUUCCAUGCUCCUCUCAAAUCCCCUCUACUUCACAAACCCAAUUCCAAACCGUAACCCUAAUUUCCCGCCAUCGCAGCCUCCAUCUCUACCUCGUCGCCGCUUCCGCCUCCGUUGCCGUCCAGGCGGUGGCGACCGUCGAUGGGACUCGAACGCGGAGUCUUUUCGGUUCAGGUUCCGAGACGAAGACGACGAUGAAGGAGGGAAGAGUAAUAGUGGUCGGAGGUGGUGGCCUGAUGAGGAUGGGGAUGAUUUUGAUGAUGAAUUUGAUUUCUUUGAGGAGGAUAGUGAGAGUUUUUGGGAUAAAUUUUGGAUCUUUAAGGUUUUCAAGGCAUAUGGCUACCUUCUACCUGCCAUCAUAGGAUCCAUGCUUCUUGCCACAGGUCCAAAGGCUUUCCUUAUGGCUUUGGCUUUGCCUCUUGGACAAUCAGCAAUUUCUCUAGCAAUCGAAAAGCUAUGGGGAGGCGUAUCUGAAGAGCCAAGGGCUAAGCCUAAGACAAAGAGGAAACCCUUCACCAAGUCUUCUACCAAUUUCAGAAAUCAAGAAAAAGAACAAAGGAAAAAUGGAGACAAAGGAGGAAGAAAUGGCUAUCAAUCAUGGGUUUCUGCAGAUUCUGGAGUCGAAGACGGUGUGAGAAACUCUACAAGGUCGAGUUUUGGAGGAUGGGAUGAGUUAGAUAAUGAAAAGGGCCCGAUGAGAAGAGAGCCAAGGACAACUGCUGACAAUGUGAACAGAGGGAAAUUGUCGAAGAGGAGGAGGUACAAGGAUGCACCGUUGUUUCUGAGACUGUUGAUUGCAGUUUUUCCAUUCUUGGGGUCAUGGACUAGGAUACUAUAGUAACAAUGGGCGGUUGGCCUUGUUGAGUAUACGAUGGAUGAUAUUCGGACGCUUGCACAAGAAACAGAAGGAAAGAUGCUGUUGAAAACUUUUAUGAAGCUUCGGUAUUUGAAUUGAGAUAUAUUUUGGUCUGCUUGUACCCUCUUAUGGCUUGCAAGACUGAGAACGGUGUUCAAGUGACGAGUGAAAAUGUCGGGAGCAAGUUGAGAAGGUACACGUCUCAGGCUCGGAGAAGCUCAAUUAGAGGAUGCGCUUUGAAGGGAGUUGAGAUCUAAAUGCAUGAAUCAUGAUUCGAGGAAGAGAAAGAUUGCAUUAAUGUUCCGGUCCUCUAAUAUUGAUCGAUCUGUCAAUAAACAUAUCAACCUGUAACACAUAUAAUUAUGUUAACAUAUUUACUUCUGUAGUCAAAUUAAUUUGUAUGAUUUGCGGUGGAUAGUUCACACUAUUUUGAUGGCAACUCUAACGUUCUAUGAGUUGGGCCUUCUGUUAAA